AUGACGGAUUCCUGCGCUAACGACUGCCUUUUUCUGAUGGCCACUGCAUUGGAUCAACUAGCCCAUGUGUCCAAGGCGCUCAAGACGCACAGCGGCACGAGUGACGUGCCAUACUCACUGACAGCGGCGCAGGACCAGGUGACGACGUGCCUGGACGGCUUCAGAGAAUUCUCCCCUGCCACUCUCAGCACGCCAGCUGGAAAGUCGCUCCAGGCACAUGGCAGACAAGUCAAGAACCGAAGAGUUUCGAUACGUCUCAAACCCCAUCUCCCUCCUGCCGUGCGCCCUCCCCCCACCACACCCCGCGCCCCCCUCGCUCCCCCUCUUUCCACUGCACGCACCCCCACGUCCUUCCCGCAGACCACCAACGCCUUCUAUCACCUCGCCAAGGCCGCCGCGGCGCUAAAAGCGCGCACUAACUCCGAGGACGUACCAUUCUGGAUCACGGCGGCUCGGGACCAGCUCACCACAUGCCUCGACGGAAUCUGGGAGUUUGCCGUCGACACGUUCAAGUCGCACGCGGGAAAGUCGCUAACAUCCCACGGCAAGAAUCUGAAGAAAUCGUUCGACACCGCCAUAGCCCUCGCGCUCCUCGCCGCCGCCGCCCGCCGAUCCGCGCAAAAGCCGCCCUCUCCGCGCCGCGAGACUCUAGAAGGCGGCGGCCCGGGGGAGCCGCCUUCGUGGGUUGAGGCGGGGAUGUACGAGCGGAUCAGGGAACUUCAGGCGCGGAUGCAGGGAGAUCACGCGGAGGCGCAAGCGUGGGCGGAGCGCGGGCGGAAGCUUCAGCUGGCGAAAGUGAAGAAGCUAAAGCCGAACGCCGUGGUGGGGAGGAACGAGAGGUACAAGAAGAUAAAGGACGCGUUAAAAGCAGCUCCGAAAACGGGGCUGUAUGUGGUGUACAUCAAGGCGGGAACGUAUAAGGAGAAGGUUUUGGUGAACCGGGAGGGCGUGAUUCUGGUGGGAGACGGCGCGUCGAAGACGAUUAUAACGGGGAAGGACAGUGUUGCUGGCGGAUUCACCACAUACAACACGGCGACAGUCAGUGUAAAGAAGAACUAUUUCCAGGCAGCGGGGAUAAAGUUCGAAAACACUGCAGGAAUUCAGGGCAACCAAGCCGUGGCGCUGAUGAUCGACGCGGACAAGGCAGUCGUCUACGACUGCUCCGUUACAGGCUACCAGGACACGCUCUACACCCACUCUGGCCGCCAGUACUACAGAAACAGCUUCAUAUCCGGUAUCACGGAUUUUAUUUUCGGAAAUGCCGCUGCGGUCAUUGACAACUGUACCAUUGAGAUGCGCGCGGGGAAAUCGAACAUUCCGAUUACCGCGUCGGGGAGGGAAAGCGAAACGCCCACGGGGAUCGUGAUUCGCUACUCGUUUGUAACAGCGGAAAAGGGUGUUACCGGUACUCCUGGUUACUUGGGACGGCCUUGGAAGAAGUGCGCGCGUACACUUUACAUCAACACAUACCUUGCAAAGCAAAUCAACAAGGAGGGAUGGAGCACGUGGAAUGGCGACACCUACGGCAAGUGUGUCUACUACGCUGAGAAGGACAGCGAGGGGCCGGGAGCAUACAAGCCGCGGGCCAAAUGGGUGAAGCCUGGGCAGAUCCGCGACGGAAAACCGUGGGCUCCUGAGCCUUUCAUUCAGCUGGGCGAAUGGUAUGACACCAAGAAAGGAGUCAUCCGGUAUCCUCCUAAGUGA